AUGUCACAGAACCGGCCUGGGGUAUUUUCGAAUUUGCGCAUGGGUGAAGUCGUCCGCGAGAAGGUCCAGGAUGGACUGACAGGUGAGACCAAAGAGAUCUCGUACUCGCAAUGUAAAAUUGUCGGCAAUGGGUCGUUUGGGGUGGUCUUUCAGACAAAGAUGAUGCCCAGCGGCGAGGACGCUGCUAUCAAACGUGUCCUCCAAGACAAACGUUUCAAGAACCGUGAGUUACAAAUAAUGCGGAUUGUCCGCCAUCCCAACAUUGUAGAGUUGAAGGCCUUCUAUUACUCCAAUGGUGAGAGGAAGGACGAAGUAUAUUUGAAUCUCGUUCUUGAAUACGUACCAGAAACAGUUUACCGAGCAUCUCGGUAUUUCAACAAGUUGAAGACUACGAUGCCCAUGUUGGAGGUCAAGCUUUACAUAUAUCAACUAUUCCGUUCUCUGGCAUACAUUCAUUCACAGGGCAUUUGCCAUCGUGAUAUCAAGCCUCAAAACCUCCUGCUUGACCCAAGCACAGGUAUCCUAAAGCUCUGCGAUUUUGGCUCCGCCAAGAUUCUAGUUGAGAAUGAGCCCAACGUUUCAUACAUCUGCUCGCGCUACUAUCGUGCACCCGAAUUAAUUUUUGGUGCGACGAAUUACACUACAAAAAUUGUAUCAGAUGUGUGGUCUACUGGAUGUGUAAUGGCUGAGUUGAUGCUGGGACAACCACUUUUUCCGGGUGAAUCAGGGAUAGAUCAACUAGUAGAGAUUAUCAAAGUCCUCGGUACACCCACUCGGGAGCAGAUCCGCACUAUGAAUCCCAACUACAUGGAGCACAAAUUUCCGCAGAUCAAGCCGCACCCUUUUAAUAAGGUUUUCCGAAGAGCACCUCAUGAGGCGAUUGAUUUAAUCUCCGCUCUGCUGGAGUACACACCAACGCAACGGUUGUCAGCCAUCGAAGCGAUGGUCCACCCAUUUUUUGACGAACUCCGGGAUCCCAACACUCGACUGCCUGAUUCUCGGCACCAAAAUGGGCCGUCACGAGAGCUCCCUAGCCUUUUUGAUUUCUCUCGACAUGAACUUUCUAUUGCUCCGGCAAUGAACAGCCGGCUUAUUCCACCUCAUGCGCGCCCUGCGCUCGAAGCCCGCGGGUUAGAUAUUGAUAACUUCAUACCCCUUACGAAAGAUGAAAUGAUGGCGCGUCUUGAUUGA